GUUGCAUGUUGGGGAUUGGAAGAGUCGGUUGCUCUGAGAAGACGGCAGAAACACCUGGGACUGAUUAAGACGAGAUGAAAGUGUCAUGGUCAAGGCUAUUUCUCUGGGUCUGCGUCGUGGUGUUGGCCUUAAACGUUGAGGACACCAGCUGCCAGAACCUGGUUAUCAGCACGACCAACGCCCUGGCCACCCUCGCUGGGGUAGGCCUCCUGGGGUCUGCUGGAGCCUUGGCUACGGGAUAUGCCCUUGGCCGUAACCGGGGACGGCGCCAGAGGUACAGAGGCAGAGGGCGGCACUACUACAGAGGGCGCAGGAGUCUGGAGACCUUGGAAGCUCCAGAGUUCGAGACUAUUUUGGAUGAGACCGCGAAAGUCGACACCAAACACUGUGGGCGAAAACUCCUUUGUGUGGCAGCGGGUCAGGAGAGGACACCAUCACCCUUACUACGGGCUCUUCUCAAGCCUUUUGCUGGACAAGGACCCAGCAACGGCACAGUGUAUGGUGACUAUGAUGAAGCAGUGUGGAGAGGUUUAACGGGCCAGGACUGCUCUCACUAUACCCUGUGUGAAUACGAUGCUGCAGAGAUCCUGAGUGUUUACGAGGGAAUCGUGCGUGACUUGGCUUCACAGUUAUAGAUUUCUCCCUUGGACAUACCAGACAUUUUGGUCAUCAUUUUGUUUUUAGAAAAGAAAGAAAUAUGAACAUCGAUAUUUCGCAAAAAAAAAAAAGAAAAAUUAAUUUUGCAUGAGAGAAAGUAAUCGCGUUCUUGAACACUGUCGACAGAUGUAUGUAAAUUCACUAACCCAUUAAAAAUCGACAGUAAUAAAAAAAAUAACACUUGUAGAUUGAUUUAUCAUAACCAGAAGUUCCUUUUUAUGAAACCUUUUCUGCUAUAUGCCACAUCCUUCUUCUUUUUAACGUGAAUUCUGCAAUUUUCACUGACAUUUUCCUUCUUGAAGAAUGUAUACCCUUUCCGCCGCUAACAAUGAACUGACGUCUUUGGCCUAUGCUUUUCUAUAUGAAGAUUUCCAAGCUUUUUCCUCUCCUUGUUUUUUUAUAGAAGAAUAAACAAUCUUCCUUUCUGUAAAAUAGUCAUUCCUCAGCGUUGAAUUCUUUUAUUUAUAUUUAUCCCCUUUAAAAAAAAAUGUCAAUUAGCAUUAUAAUACACGGUAAAGAUGUAAAAGAAAAAAAAAACUGACAAUAAUCUUUUAAAAACUAAUUCACCUCUUUGUAGGUUUCGUGGUAUUUAGUUUAUAAAUGAACGAUUUUGUUGGAUUUUAUAUGCCUGAUUUGUAUGCAAUUUACACACUAAGGAAAAGAAACAGAAAUAUAGAUAGCUAGAUAGAGAGAGAGCGAAAUAGAUAGAUAGAGAGAGCAAGAAAGAGAGAGAGAGAGAGAGAGAGAUUGAGAGAGAGAGAGAGAGAGAGAGAGAGAGAGAGAGAGAGAGAGAGAGAGAGAGAGCGAAAUAGAUACAUAGAGAGAUAGAUGGAUAAAGAUUUCCAUUCGGUGAGUUUUUCCGUUAUCAAUGAUCAUUAAUACACACAUGUUGAUAUGAACAUUACUUGCGAUUUUUAUUCUGGUUUCGGGACAAGUCUUCCUCUUCACACAACGUUCGUUUUUCUGUUUCAGUUAAGAAAUUAAUGGAUAUACGCUCUAUUAAAUAACACAUGAUUAUACACUGCCCGGGCCCAGAUGCAUUAAAUGUAAACUCAGUUACUGUAACUUCCUUAUUUAUGCAAAUUUGGUUACUAACCGACCGGUCUCAUUUACACCCGGAAUUAAUUAAUCAAUUACUUAGUAAUAUAUGGGGAAAGAGUACAGAAGACAAGUAUUCUAUGUCUCAUUUGAUUAUACCUGAUAAACAGACUACAUAUAUUAAAGACAGGUCGUAUAGUGACAAUAUGUAACAUUUUAUGUAAUGUGGAUAACAAUUUUCUUGUUACACUUUACCGUAUGUAAAUCACUACCACCAAAAAGUUUUUUUUUCUUUUCUUUUUUUUUAUAACAGAGAUUCUAUGUAUGGGCCUCAAAAUUUAUACGGAUAUGUAUGUAUGUUGAUUUGUUCUAACACACUGACUUGUUUAAUUAUAUUUUAGAAAUCUAGAUUGCUGAAUUUUACAGUCAUGAUCCUUAUUGUUCUUAAUAUUACAUUUAGCUCUGUUCGAUCUGUCAUUAUCUUGAUGCCCACUAUUACGCAAACAUCAAAUAUGCAUAUUAUCAAUUUUACACAGUAUUUCAGUUUAAUAUCAUCGAGUAAUUAAAUUUUCAACGGUCAUUGAUUUUUUGUAAAGCCCCCGCGUCAUUGAGGGGUUUGUGCGUUUGAGCCCCGAAAAUUACAUAUAUAAAAGACAAUUCUCACAAUAUAUCGAGAAAAAAACAAACAUAAUUUGUGUUUCUUGGCAUGUGUCCACAAGUAAGCAUUUAUUCACGCUCUCUCUCUCUCUUACACACACACACACACACACAUACAUACAUACACACAUACGAACACACAGUAUGUGGAUUUUGACAUAUUUUCAUAAUCUACAGCUGUAAGCAACACCAAAAUAUACGAAUGAAAUUUACGCAAACCAGCAAUGUUUUUUUUUUUCAAUUAUUUCUCUCGACAUUACGAAUCUUUAUAUUCACGUAAUUUUUGUGAGGUAGCGAUAUCUCGGCAAAUAUUUUGAUUGUUACCUGAUCAUGAUGGUUGACAUGAAACCAAAUAUUUGGCUUUAUUAUUAUUAUUUUUUUCUCAGAAUGUUUAUUGGUUGUCAGUAAAGGGAGAAAAUAGUCACAACGAAAGCAUAUUUUCUCAAGUCCGCGGCAAAAUAAGCUACGUAUUAUAUCCAAUAUGUCUGAGACACACGGAGCAAAAUAUUUAUAUCAUUAUAUCUAUUAGUGAGUUCACCACAUCAAAAACACACAUUUACACCAAUGACGAUUAGGUCACACUUUGUAUAAUCGUAUAAAAAUAAUAAAUUGAUAAGAUUUAAAGCACAGAAACAUCACAAAGACAAUGAUCUCAGUGCGCGGGUAUUUCUGCUAUUUACAUACUCCCAAACAUAUUUAUUCGCGAACGACCGUUUUCGUUUUGUCUUUAAUCGUAAACAAACAAGAAUAGAUAACUCACAUUGCGCUCAAAAAAAGGUCCAAAAAUGGUAUGAAGUGAAUACCAUAAUAUUGCGCGAUUUACGGGAAAAAUCAACAUGGCCGCGAUGACAAGCCAGAAAGGAAAAAAAAAGGAUGAAAAGAAGAAGAAAAAAAAAAACAUUUAUAUAUUUUCGUUUUCUUCUUCUUUCCAACCUCAUCUUUACUUUUCCUCAUUUUUCUCCAGCUACAUUAAGAAUCAAAACUAAAGAAAAUAAGACCGGCUCCAGCGUUUCUCACGCGGAUAUGAAAGCCACUACGUCAUGACAUGUUUGUAGUGUAUGUAAUAACUUCAACAUGCAUUCUUCAUUCGCCAGACGUCCACUUCAUCGCAAGAGCUCUGUUGUGCUUGCUAAAAUUCGGCCCCGGAGGCACAUGGAAAAAAAAUCCAAUAAAAAGAAAAAGAAAGAAAAAACGGGAAAAAUGAUACUUAAAUACGAGUUUAAAAAAUGAAUAAAAAUAUAUAUGAUUAUAUAUAAAUAAAUAAAAAAAGACUAAAAAAGGGUAAAUGAAACUUAAAUCUAUGAGUAAAUAUUACAC